CGCACGAUGAGUCUUCUUAAGUUUCACCGUACCCUACAAACGAGUGACCCGCUCACCGUGCCGGUGCUGAUCAUCGGUCAGCUCCGUCACUUGACUGAUCUACCGUUCGAGCGGAUCAGCCCAAAGCUGGGGUCGCGCGUGGAACAAGAAACCUACACUAAGGCCGUCUCCAGCUUGCAACCAGCUCCGACAGAUACGUGUUCACUAUAUCUGGAUGUGGCCCGUGUUGCCGCCCUUCCAUUGAAAGCAUCGCGGCACAAUACAGCCUCGCGUGCCCACUCUAUCACGAAACUUAUUCAAUCGAACACAACCGGCGGCAGUGAGUCGAUUGUAGUCGUGUGUGAGAAGCUGGACUUGCUUGCGUCUGCCUGUGCCGUUGCGAGGGCUUUCCCCCUGUACAGCCGGAAAACGUCCAAAAGCUCGAAUGUCGAGCCACCUCCAACGGUUCACAUUGAGUUCGUGCUGAUCGGAGGUGAAGAUCCCACGGAAAGAGAGAUCACGGAGGAAGACGUGCUGGUGCUCGCGAAUGUGACUGUUGGUAUCCGGUUGGCAGCCCGAAUUGUCGAUGCUCCGUGCAACGAGAUGAACGUGUCCGGGUUUCUCUCCGAGGUCGAGGCAAUUGCGCUUGAGCUUGGACUGAAAUCGAAGAUCAUACGCGGGAAGGAACUGGAGGAAAAGGGCUUCGGUGGCAUCUAUGGCGUUGGCAAGGCUGCUGUUGAUCCUCCGGCACUAGCCGUGCUUUCAUACGAACCGAAAGGAGCCACCGAAACGGUGGCUUGGGUCGGCAAGGGCAUUGUUUUCGAUACUGGCGGCCUCAGCAUCAAGGGAAAGACAGCUAUGCCCGGCAUGAAGCGCGAUUGCGGUGGUGCUGCGGCUAUUUUAGGUGGUUUCUAUGCCGCCGUCAAGAGCGGAUAUCGACAAAACCUACACGCGGUAUUUUGUCUGGCGGAGAAUUCGGUCGGCCCGGAAGCGACACGGCCCGACGACAUCCAUCGACUGUAUUCGGGCUGCACGGUGGAAAUCAACAACACCGACGCCGAAGGACGGCUUGUAUUGGCGGACGGUGUCGUUUAUGCGGACCGCGAUCUGAAGGCUAAUGUCAUCCUCGACAUGGCGACAUUAACGGGGGCGCAGGGUAUAGCGACUGGAAAGUAUCACGGUGCGAUCCUGACCAACAGCGACGACUGGGAGGCGAAAGCCCUGGAAAUUGGACGCCGUACCGGUGACAUGCUCUCCCCGGUCCCGUACUGCCCGGAACUCCAUUUCAGCGAGUUCAACUCGGCCGUUGCCGACAUGAAGAACUCCGUUAUGGAUCGGGGUAACGCUCAAGUUAGCUGUGCCGGACUGUUCAUAGGGGCGCACCUUGGCUUCGAGUAUGGCGGUUCGUGGAUCCACGUGGAUAUGGCUUCACCGGUACAUAACGGGGAACGAGCGACCGGAUACGGUGUAGCCUUGCUGGCCGGUCUAUUCGGGGAUCACAGCAAGUCAACGAUCCUACGCGGCAUAGCUCACCAACCGAUGGUGCAAAGGAACAAACUGGCAGGGAACGGAACUGAGCCACCUUUGAAGAAAGCUUGCUUGGAUUAAACGGCUGCCAGUUCGGAUGGAACCCUAACAUUCUCAGGUAGCUGCAGGUAGAAGAAAAUUAACGCACCAUGGAUUGAUGAACUAAGGGUCAGAUUGGCAAUCAAGAACUGAAUUUCGUAAUUUUUUCACGUUUCGUAUUUCAUUUUUUUUUUGUAUUUUCCUCUCUAGCAUAUGUGAUUAUGAUAAGAGGAUAGUUUUUCUACUAAUUAAAAUAAAUAAUUGUAUUCAAUCCAAA